AUGGCGAUCCGAGACCGCGUCCGGCGUGCCCUGCACAAGUCCGACUCGUCGGAUUCCGUGUCCCAGACGGACAGCAGCGCGACCACGGUCACGACGACAGCGACGAGCGACACGUCCUCGCUGCACAAGACGACCACGACCACUUCGACUCUCUCCAAAGUCUUCUCCAUGGGCUCCCGGGACCGCAAUUCCGACCGCAACAAGAGCAAGGAAAAGGAACCCAAGAAGUCGCGCGGCCGCCGCAACAAGCCGGUGCACCCCAGCCAGCGACCGCUGACGCUGCAAAACCUCAAACACCAGGAGAUGCUCAGCCAUUUCACAAUGACCUUUGGCGCCAGCGACCCGAACCAGAUUGAGCGGUUGAGCUUUUGCGGCGUCAGCCCGUGCUGCACGCGGCCCGGCAGUGUCGAUCUCGACAGGGGCGACUUCAAUCUCAGCAGCCACACGUCGGCCCUCUCAAUCGCGGACACGCCGAGCACCAGUGACUCGGCCCGACAGUGA